AUGGACUUGAUGGAUUCGGGUCUGAAGUUUACUCCGCGACAGGACACCGAUUGGGACACGGCCCUCCAGUUCUUACCAGCCUCAGACUCUCGGCCGCUGCAGAAGAAGACUGCUCACAGGAAGUUGUGGCUUGGCCUUGGUGUGCUCUUGUCUGUUGCCGCGCUGGCGCUCAUCACAGGACUGCUGGUCUGGCACUUCCACCUGCAGGCGGAUGUGAGGGUUAAAAAGGUUUACAUCGGCUCCCUGGGGAUCACGAACCAGCGCUUCCAACCAGCUUAUGAGGAGCCCAACAAUCCCCAGUUCAAACAUCUGGCGGCGCUGGUCAACCGGAAGAUCGAACUGAUCUAUUCUAGAAACGCGGAGCUGUCCAGAUAUUUUUUGGGGUCCACCGUCCAAGCCUUCAGUGAGGGAGACGGCGGGAGCAGCAGCGGCGUGGUGGCGUAUUACCAGUCGGAGUUUGAAGUUCCUGUUGUGAAGGAGGUGUCGGUGGACAAGGCCAUCGAGUCACUGGCUGAGGUGGAGGUGGGCCAGCAGAGCCGUCUGCUGCUCAGACCCACCGACUCGCUCGACGUCAACAGCGUCGUAUCUGGAGCUUUGGACCCACGCAUGACGAAGACGUCCCUGACGGCCCAGAAGUCUCUCUCUAUCCACGUCCGUGAAGCGGGAACCCUGCAGUCCCCCGGCUUCCCCAACUCCCCGUACCCCCCCAACACCUACCUGCAAUGGAGGCUGAGAGCCGAGCCUGGCCACCGUGUCCGACUGGACUUCAACACGCUCAUCCUGGAGGAAGACUGUGAACAAGACUUCAUCAAAAUCUACGACUCCUUGGCACCUAUAGAGCACCACGCAAUGGCCGAGAAGUGUGGGUAUUCGCAUGAGCUGCUGUCCUUCCUGUCCUCAGGGAACGUCAUGUUGUUGACGCUGGUCACCAGCAAAGAGAAGAACUUCCCUGGAUUCAGAGCCGCAUACUCCCAGAUCCCUCUGACAGGCCAGAAUUGUGGAGGUCAUCUGUCUGGAACGAGAGGCUCCUUCUCCUCGCCAUUCUUCCCCUCCAGCUACCCUCCUCGCUGCAGCUGUGAAUGGGACAUCCAGGUCCCCAAAGGAUACUUCAUAAAGGUCCAGUUCACCCAGUUCUCACUGUCAGAACCGGGACAGGAUGCCAGGCUGUGUGCGGCAGACUACGUCCAGCUGGAUGGCCACAGACUGUGUGGUAGGAAACCAGGUACCAUGGUGGUCACUAGCCGAAGCCACCAGACAAAGGUGAAAUUUAACUCCGACUCGUCUUUGGUAGACCAGGGAUUCUCUGCCCAGUUUGAAGCGUUCAUCCCGACUGACCCUUGUCCAGGGAGGUUUCACUGCAUCAACAAUCUUUGCAUCAAUGGCAGCCUGCAGUGUGACGGAUGGAAUGACUGUGGAGACAACAGCGAUGAGGAGAACUGCAAGUGUGAGGCGUCUCAGAUGCGGUGCAGUAAUGGACAGUGUAAGCCACGGUUCUGGCUGUGUGACGGAAUCGAUGACUGUGGCGACAACACUGACGAAAAAGACUGCGGUGAGUGUGAAGCAGGUCAGUUCUCCUGUCGGAAUGGCCGCUGUGUCUCGCAGCAUCUCCGGUGUGACGGACGGGACGACUGCUCAGACGGCUCGGAUGAGUCUGAGUGUAAGAAAUCGGUGGUUGUACAGUGGUGCUCAGAGUUUACCUACAGGUGUGGGAACAAACAGUGCAUCAGUAAAGUGAACCCGGAGUGUGACGGAGUACAGGACUGUGAGGACGCCUCGGAUGAGGAGGACUGUGAGUGUGGGACCAGGCCCUAUAGGAGCUCUCGUAUCGUGGGGGGGCAGAUGUCCAGUGAGGGUGAGUGGCCGUGGCAGGUCAGCCUUCACAUCCAGGGCAAAGGUCACGUCUGUGGAGCAUCAGUUCUCAGUGACCGCUGGGUGCUCACCGCCGCUCACUGCGUCCAGAACGACGUUAACAUACAAUAUUCCCGUGCUGAGCUGUGGGAGGUCUUUCUGGGCCUCCAUGUCCAGGGUCAGACCAACAAGUGGACCGUGAGGAGAAACGUGAAGCAGAUUAUCACCCACUUGCAGUACAACCGCCUCACCUACGACAACGACAUCGCCCUGAUGGAGCUGGACACCGCUGUCCCACUCAACCAGAACAUCUGGCCCAUCUGUCUCCCCGCCGCCACACACCACUUCCCAGCAGGCAAAGCGGCGUGGAUCACUGGCUGGGGAGCCACCAGAGAGGGUGGUUUUGCGGCAGGCGUCCUGCAGAAGGCGCAGGUCCGCAUCAUCAACAGCACAGUGUGUCACAUGCUGAUGGAGGCACAGACCACUGACAGGAUGCUGUGUGCCGGAGUCGUCAAAGGAGGAGUGGACGCCUGCCAGGGGGACUCGGGCGGACCCCUGUCAGUCACAGGUCCCAGUGGGCGGGCCUUCCAGGCUGGAGUGGUGAGCUGGGGUGACGGCUGUGCUCGCAGGAAUAAGCCUGGCGUCUACACGCAAGUCACCAAAUUCCGUGCUUGGAUAAAGGAGCAUUCAGGCAUCUAG